UCUAGUAAUGGCUGUGUAACUGAGAGUUGAGUGUGUGUGUCUGCGUGUAUGCGCGUGCGGGGUUGUGUACUGUUGUGGGUGCAGGCGCAAAUGUGUUUUCGUAUCCCUAAUACUUUAUAGGAGUUCCCAGACGAAAAAAACCAUGUCUGAAUUAGAUGAUGCGUCCGCACCUGCAGAAGGGGCAGCCGAUGAGGCGCCAGCGGCGCCCGCGGUCAACCCGCAGCACCAGGCGGCAUCGAAGCGGAUCCAACAAACCCAAGCGCAAGUCGAUGAGGUGGUCGAUAUAAUGCGGACCAACGUAGAGAAGGUCCUCGAGCGCGACCAGAAGCUCUCUGAGCUAGACGAUCGGGCCGACGCUCUGCAACAGGGUGCUUCGCAGUUCGAGCAACAAGCAGGCAAACUUAAACGGAAAUUCUGGUGGAAAAACUGCAAGAUGAUCGCAAUUAUGGUUGCGAUUGGAGCUGUCCUUGUUCUGAUUAUUGCCAUGCAACUGAUGUAAGUCCAAAACCCACCCGGAUUUUGGGCUGAAAGGCCGCGACCCACCCAGCCAGAUUUUCAUUCGCGACAGAUCAUGUGGUACUAGAAUGUGAUAUGGUUUUGUCAUGUCGUUGUCAUCACUGGAAGUAAAGGGCACCAACGGGAAUACGAGAAACAGCUCAGACAGAACAUAGAUCAACUCGUAAGCAUGAUAAAUAAUCCACUAAAAAAAGAAUGCAAAACACAUAUGAAGAAAGAAACCAAGUUCACUAAAUAUAUGAUUGCAAAAGAAUUCUUCUGUCUUAAAGACCGGAACAGCUAUACAGAACAACAUUUACGAAAAAUGAUAAUGAGAACCUGUUAGCUUGAACAUUUGCCUACCAUCUGCGAAGCAAGCACAUCAGGCCUAUGUACCUCAAGUCGCAUAGGGUAUCGCUUCCCGGUGUCGAACUUGCUUCAACCGAUUCUCCAACGACAGCUCCAAGCGUGAUUCGAGCUUCGGUAGGCUAAAACGCCCAUGCAGGCAUCGUAGAACAUCGCUUCGCCACCCCAAGCAGACCAGAACAACAGGGCAAAUUUAACCACCACAUAUUAAUGCCGCAGAAUGUAAUAUAGCCGCUAUAAGAUACAUUUAUAUUAACUGCAAGCCCGAAGCCGCUGCUUCCGUGGCCGCUUUCCUAGCAGCGGUUCUGCUGCCAGUAAAUCUACAGAAGAAAAUCUGUUAUUUUAUGUUAUAAGAAGAAAACCAAACGUAAAGCUGAUUUUCGCGUCUAUCUAUUUACAUCUCUCGAUUUACUCUAACUGCGGCUAUUCUAGCGAUGGCCAGUUGUUAACAUUAAUAUGCCACGCUGUACAUGGCGAUUUUCCGAUCACUGAAGUAAAAGUUUACUGCCCGUAGAAACAGUAAAGGCAAGAAGAACGCCGAUCAGGGUGACAAGGAGAAUUACGAGAGGAACAAGAUAGAAGAAAUGAAACAUGGUGCGUUGUUGUAAAUUCUAAUAAGGGGACUGCUGCUGAUAAGGAAAUAUAGCUAGCAUCAGGAUAACAGAAAAAAGAGUCCUCCAAUUAAUGUAGCAGCAGCAUUAUCAGCUAACAUUCGAAGCAGUCGAAAAAAAAACAGAAAAGAUAAAAAAGAAAAAAACAUCAGAAAAUAUGAGAAAAACAGAAAACAAAGUGACGAGCAAAAGCAAUAGAGCUUUGACAGCGUGGAAAUCACUAUCAAGGUAAGUAGCAUAUGGAAGCAUUCUGCAAUUUUCGCUCACUAACUACACACACAUACAUAAGCGAUACAAUAAAAAAAAAACAGGUAACAGCGAAACCUCCGCACCUGACUUAUUCUCGAGCUAGUUCCCCUAACUCGCAUCUGGUAAAGGGCACGUUGUAAUCUGCACAGGAAAUAAUGUACUGACUGGCAGCCUUUACCAUCCACGUCAUAACGCCGUGACGUGCCUAACACAAGGCACGCACAGUUGUGUGACUAAUAACUUUUUCCGUUCUUGUCAAUCAUCCUGUCAGAAAUUCUGCCGCAUCGAUAAAAGGCAAGCGGCAAAUUCUGUUGUGCGAUAUGUAUAUAGAAAACGUUAACAAUAUGGCAAGUAUUUUCUUUGAUGAGGUUUUUGAUGCGUACAAGCUGCGCUCUUAUGGUCGUUCCUUUUACCUACCGGUCUCAUGUGAGCAGGAAGUUAUCGGGGUGAAAAAGCAACACUAAUACAAUCAUUUUCAUUUGCUCUCUCACUGUCUCCCCUAAUUUUCAGCAGCAAUGGGACAGCCAGGCCUUUUCGGUAGAUGAAGCGACUGCCGUCUGUUCAAUGUAUCGAUACCUACAAUAUAGGGCGAGGUGCGUAAUCGACUCUGCUGAAGCGGGUAGACUAAGCGAGUUCGAGAAAUUGAUUGACAGAACUAAAACUAAAAAAAAUUAUAGCUACAAUACAAGCCAAGCCGCUCGUUACACACUCAAAAUAGCGCCGCUUGGAGAUAACAACUUCUGAACAGAGAUCAUCUACCACGUUUCAGUGAGGGUGAUGCAAUGGUCACAUUUGUUACGUUAUAGAUCUGAGGCUUACGUGACCGGGUGUGAAAUGCAUAAGUUGAUAAGCAGUUAGAGCAAGACUAAUCGAAAAAGACCAAUAGAUAGACGCAAUCAAAUAUAACACAAUUAGUGACGAGCACUAUUAAGAUGAUGAUCCAAAUGACAAUAAUAGCCCCCCUGAACCAAGCGGUCUGUUGCUGCGACAGCGGCACAACGAUAUAAAAUGGUUGCCGAAUGUCAUAAUAAAUUUUGAACGGAAUUAGAGUUGGUAGCUUUUCGAAAACUGUCGGCUUAGCGGCUUGUAUAAUCUUAUUUGUAUAGCCACAAUAGCAGAAGAAGUCCAGGUUAAGAAAGCCCACCGAAAACAAAAACAGCAUCUCUAACUUGGAGUUCUGCCAUGAGCUAAAUCACAUACAAAUUACGGCUCCACACAACAGCCGUGAUACCACAGGGAACCACGCUUAGACCCGUGUUCACCUCAAAACAGCUAACUGACCGAGCUGUUUACUUAAAAAAAUUUGCGCCGAUAGCGUGUGCCGAGAGCUGUGCAAGAAAGGGGUAUAGCCUAUACAAUGAGGCCAAGCCUCCAGGAACACCUAGGAAAACUAAGCGCAUAGGCGGCACAGGAUGACGCAAUAUUGCUGAUGAACUUCUGCUAUUGAUUGAUUGAUUGUCGCAAGACUGUGGUGUACAGCUGAUUUUCGUCGACCUGUACCGUUUCUCGUAAAUGGACACUGGGUCCGUAUAAAAGGAAUUACCCCGGGAACUAGCCACGCCUUAUCGAUAGUUAGCAUCUAUAUAGACCUACCUAUACAAUUCAUUUGACGACGAGUACGAUUAUGAAGAUUAUGACGACAGAAAAAUAAUGCCUAGUCUAGAGCGCUGUGUCGGUCGAAAGUAACCGAGCGCCAUGAGCUCUUGCAGCUUGACAUAUGUAAUGACGGUAAUAAUGGUAAGUGAUAAGACAAUAUUAGUCAUAAUGGCAUAUUUCUGCACACUCUUCCAAGGCGCAGCUCCUUUCUGCUGAUCAUUGACAUUCAAACCUCGAUCGAAUACGAUAAAUGGCAAAUAAUCCUACACGAUAAGCAUAAGGCAACAUUUUCUUGCAACGGGGCCAAGCCGGCUAGAAGAGAAUCACGACAGUAACAACAGAAAAUACGGACGUUAAGCGACUGCAGUAACAUUGAAAUGUAAUACUGCCACAGACUUGUUGGAAAGCGUAAUGCACGGAACGAAAUCCAAGAUGUAAAUUGAAAAUUGCCGAACUAUCAACUACUCGAUUCGCCUCGUGAUUAAUGGGUCCUUUCAACUCUAAUACCAAUUAUCAUGUCUGAAUUACGUUAUUUCGAUUUAACGGAAAGUGGAGGCAGUUAGAGUGUGGUACUGACUGUUUUCAUUCCCGUGCUCGGCGACUGAUUCCGCUCGACCGUGGCAACGAACAACUACAAAAAGGCUUGUAGCAAACAAAAAAACGAUAGUACUAAUUAUAAGGCCAACAUUAUGUACGUAUUAAAGUCAAGAAAAAGCAUAGCUGUUGCAAAAACAAGACCUUGCGAAUCCAUCUAAUGUGCGUCUUAUCUCCACGCGAACUUCUAUGCCAGAACGUUGUGUAACGUUUUCUAGUAAAUUCUGUGACCAUUGCUUCGAACGAAUCGUCGUUAUAGCGGCUUUGUGAACGUAAGUAUAUUACAGAUUUGCUGCACGCGAUGCCUAUCGAAUUUUUUCAUCUUACAUGUGAUUCUUCGCUAUAUCGACCAGUAACUCUUCAAUAUGCAGUCGGUUACGAAAAAACGAAACUAUAUCUAGCUAUGUAAAACUUACCUGAUAAGGUCUAUUGUCAAUUCGAUUUGUUUCUGGAAACCAUCAGCUCGCACGUAACAUAGAGAACGCAGAAAUUCGGUAACUGAAAACACGAGCAGUCGGUUUCAGUAACGUUCGUCUCCCAUCAAGUACGAUUCAGACGAAACAAUCAACCUAACCCGAUAGAAUGUACCUUAAGGCGGGUAGAAAACGAUAUCAAUAAGACGUGUAUUUACGUACGACAACAGCUAAUGUUGCUACUAAAAACAGAGCUACACAUAUUUGUAGGGUAAUAUAUUCAUGAAGAAGUUUUCGGCAGCGACGCCAAACAUGUUCAGCGGGUAGACGAUUACCAAAGCGAAAAGAAAUAGUGCGACUGAGCAUACAAUUCAUAUAGAGCAUAGAGAAAACAUAAAUAAAGACUAAAUCAUACACACACACACACAGUCACGCUAACAACAGUUGUACGAAUAACAGCACUACUGACUAAUGAACAGGAUGAUAAUGAUGAAGUACUGCAUACUAAAGUAGUUGGUGACUUUGAUAAUUAUAAUCACGAUAAUAUGAUGAUCAUGAUCGACCUGAGCAGACGCAAAUGAGCGCAGAGAGCGAGCGUGCGAGCAAGAGAGAGAGAGAGAGAGAGAAAGCGAGAGAAAUAGAGAGAGAGAGAGAGAGAAAGUGGAGUACUUGGGGAGUAGGAAGCGAGGAAGAGACAAAAAAUGGGCCUAAUGAAAACAUCGUAAUAACACAACAGAAUACGAGUAAUAGAAAAAGCAAACAAGAAGGAAGACGAGGUAUAAUAUCUAGGGUAAAGAGGUAAACCAUAGAUUAAAACAAGAACUAAGAGGAAAUGAGUACGCCGAAAACAACUGAGCCACGGACGACAAUGGCAGGGCGUGCGUUGGCUGGUAAACGAAUUGGAAUAACGGGUGCGUGUCGGCGGCCGCCACUCAAUAUCACACGAGCAUGAAUAAAGGAGAACAAAAAUAAGAGUUUCACACCAAUAAAAAAGCGGCAAAUUGAAUAAAUAUGUAAAACAAACAAAGCUAACAUUGAGGAACAAAACGCAAAUGGUAACAGAAAAACAAAUAGCAACAGCAACAACGACAACAACAACAACAGCAGCAGCAGCAGUAGCAAAAACAACGACAAAAACCAUACGAUGCCACGAUAACAAAUUUAGCAUAAAGACAAAAAGGGUUUGUUAAACGGCUGUCAAAUAGCAAAAGAUGACAUGGGAAUGAGAAAAAAACAGGUGUGCGCAUUGUUAAGGAGGGGGGGGGGGGGGGGGGCAGAAGCACAAGAAGGCAAGAAUGAAGGAGAAAAUACGCAGCCGACAACAGGGAAGCAACAGCAUAAAACGAUAGACACGAAGAACGCGACGAAAAAACGGAGUAAAAA